AUGGCGACUGUCACAGAGGCUGUAAAAGAGUCCUUACUGGGCUCCACGACCCCUUCAAGCCUGUCUACAGAAUCCCGCUUGACGUUUCUGAAACAUGCAAACCAAGGCGAAGACGGAGAGCUUUACAUGAACGAGGAGGGUUUUAUCAACGCCAUCGCACCACCAGAAGAAGAUUAUCACAAAAUAAAACGGGAACAAUAUGGCAUCCUCUUUGGAGUUGCGGACCGUCACAAGCGCGGCAAGAUCUCCAUGUCAGAAUGGGCCGCCUUUGACAAUCUCCUCGCAAAAUCAGACGCCGAAUAUGAAAUCGCUUUCAGAUUAUUCGACGAAGAUGGUACGGGUUCGAUCAAGUCGGACACUUUCCAAAAGAUCUACGAACAGAACCGAGGCCAGGAAAGCAUUCCCUUUGACUUCAACUCGGAAUGGGCGUCGCUCUAUAUCGGUGGGAAAAAUAAGAGACACGAGAUGACCUACCCCCAAUUUGCGCAGAUGAUGCGAGGGUUGCAGGGCGAGCGCAUCCGACAGGCGUUCCACCUGUACGAUAAGGACAAAGAUGGCUAUAUCGACCCAGAGGACUUUGAGCGCAUUAUCCGAGCCACUGCAGGACAUAAGUUGUCUGACCACCUGCUGGAGAACCUGCCGACUCUGUGCAAUAUCUCGUCGGGAACCAAAAUCUCCUACGCCAACGUCCGCGCUUUCCAGAACGUCAUUCGUGAAAUGGACCUUCUCGAUUUGAUCAUUCGGAAUGCGACCGCAAAAUCCCCAGACGGCAGGAUCGACCGGACAGAUUUCCUCAACGAAGCUGCUCGACUGACGCGCUUUUCACUCUACACCCCCAUGGAAGCCGACAUCUUGUUUCACUUCGCCAGUCUCGACUCGCCCUCAGGGCGGUUGAGUCUGGAUGACUUCGCCAAGGUUUUGGACGCCAGCUAUCAGACAGCAGGUGCGAAGCUCACUGCUGUGGCCGAAGCUGCUGACCGCGCCGUGUCAAAGUCCCAACAGCUACUUCGCAGCUUGCUUGAAUCUGCACACCAUUUCGGUCUUGGCUCUAUCGCCGGCGCGUUCGGGGCGUUCAUGGUCUAUCCGAUCGAUCUGGUCAAGACACGAAUGCAAAACCAGCGGAGCUCCCGUCCUGGUGAAAGACUUUAUGAGAAUUCCAUUGACUGUGCGCGCAAAGUCAUACGAAACGAAGGUUUUCGGGGACUGUACUCGGGUGUACUGCCUCAGUUGGUUGGGGUGGCUCCUGAAAAGGCCAUCAAGCUCACAGUGAAUGACCUUGUGCGAGGAAGAUUCACAGACAAGCAAACUGGCAAGAUUGCACUCUCGGCGGAGAUUCUGGCAGGAGGUUCCGCAGGGGCUUGUCAAGUGGUCUUUACCAACCCACUCGAAAUUGUCAAAAUUCGCCUGCAGGUCCAGGGUGAAUUGGCCAAGAAAUCUGACGCGGUUCCCAAACGUAGUGCGAUGUGGAUCGUUCGAAAUCUCGGUAUCUUGGGCUUGUAUAAGGGUGUAACAGCCUGUCUGUUGCGCGAUGUUCCGUUCUCGGCUAUAUACUUCCCCACAUACAGCCACCUGAAAAGAGAUUUCUUCGGCGAAUCACCCACCAAGUCGUUAGGCAUCUUGCAGCUUCUGACGGCCGGUGCCAUCGCGGGUAUGCCAGCUGCCUAUCUUACCACCCCUUGCGACGUGAUCAAGACUCGACUCCAGGUGGAAGCCCGCAAGGGAGAAGCAACAUACAACGGCCUUGGGGACUGCGCGCGCAAGAUUCUCAAGGAAGAAGGGUUCAAGGCAUUUUUCAAGGGCGGCCCGGCCCGUAUCCUACGUUCGUCACCGCAGUUCGGCUUUACGCUCGCGGCGUACGAAGUGCUAUCGAAUCUACUCCCAUUCCCUGGCUCAGACGAGGCCGAGAAGCAGAAGGCAGGAGGUGGAGUGUCGGGCGUGGCUGGCAGAGUGGAACCGGGCGUUGGCCUUAGGGAGGCAAAGGCCCCGUUGCCGUACCUGCGCAGUCGCAACGCUUUGAAGAUCCUGCUCGACCUGGACGUUAACUUCGGCCGGGUCAAGCCGGGUCAAGACGUGGGGAGCCUGAUGCAGCAGCAUGCGAUGGCGGCUGCGGCGGGCAAGGAGGCCGUUGAGAAAGGUGUUGGCUGGUUCGGGAAGAAGUUGUGA